AGAGCCUCUUGAGCCUUCCUGAAGGUCAGAGCUGCAACUCCUCCUGUACAAGGAGCAGGGCCCCUGCAUUAUCUGACAGAGGAAGGAAGAACAUCUCGAGAUGGCCUCCAAUAACGACCCCACUGUAAUCCCAAUGAUAGAAAGACAUCCUUGUGACCUUGCUGAAACAAACACCAGUGACCCGAAGACACUGACUGGAGAGGCUGUGUUAAGUUUUCACAACAUCAGCUACCGAGAAACAGUGCAGCGUGGCUUUCUACUUCGGAAAAAGACUUCGAUAGAAACACUAUGGAACAUCAAUGGGAUCAUGAAACCUGGCCUCAAUGCCAUUAUGGGACCUCAAGAUGGGAGCAGAUCUUUGUUCUUAGAUGUCUUAGCUGCAAGGAGAGAUCCACGUGGAUUAUCAGGAGAUAUUUUGAUAAAUGGUAAACACCGACCUGCUAAUUUCAAAUGUUCAUCUGGUUAUGUACCACGAAAUGAUGUGGUGUUGGACACAGUGACUGUGAGAGAGAAUUUAGAGUUCUCAGCAGCUCUUCGUCUUCCAAUGACCAUAACAAGAGAUGAAAAAAGAAGACGGAUUAAUGAGGUGCUGGAGCUUCUGCAUCUGGAUAAAGAAGAACAAAAGAGCAAGCCUAGAUCCAAAGAACUCAAGAAAAGGACCAGGAUAGCAAUGGAGCUGGUCACUGAGCAUCCCAUCUUGUUCUUGGAUGAUCCCACCACUGGCUUAGACUUGAAAACUACAACUGAUAUCAUCUCAGUCCUGAGAAGGGUAUCGGAGAAGGGUCGGACAAUCAUCUUCUCCAUCAAUCAGCCUCAGUACUCCAUCUUCAGUGUUUUUGAUAGCCUCACCUUAGUGGCUUCAGGAAAACUCAUGUUUCAUGGACCUGCUCAGGAUGCUUUAGGGUACUUCAAAUCUGGAGGUUACAAGUAUGAGAACCACGACAACCCUGCAGAUUUCUUCCUGGACAUCAUUAAUGGAGGUUUCUCUGCUAUAUUAGGCACAAAAGAAGAUGGCCAUGACGUUGACAAAUAUGAAGAGCUUUGUAAGAGACAAUCUCAAAUCACAAGAAAAUUGGCCAACAUGUAUACCCAGUCCACCUUAUACAGGGAAACAAGAACCAAACUGGAUCAACUCUUGGGGAAACAGAAGCUGGAGAGGGUCUUAGCUGUGGAGACCACAUGUAUCACCCCUUUGUGGCAUCAGCUCGGGUGGAUUAUCUAUCGAUCAUUCAAAAAUCUCAUGGUUCAUCCACAGGACACUGUGAAGCAGGUUGUUAUCACAGUCAUACUGGCGGCAGCUGUAGGCAUCACUUUCCAUGUCAUAAAAGAUGAUUGUGUUGAAGUCCAGAUGAGAGCCAGCCUGCUUUACGUGCUCUCGAUCUUCCAGUGUACCACAAGAGUAUCUAUAGGAGAGCUCUUUAUGCUUGACAGGGCUCGAUUUCUACAUGAGCACACCAGUGGCUACUACAGAGUGUCAUCCUAUUUCUUUGGGAAAUUGCUGGCUGAGCUAAUACCCAGGAGGCUAUUGCCAAGUACUAUAUUUACUCUGAUAACAUGCAUCAUCACAGGAAUAGAAACAAGUAUGAACUGUUUCUUCACUAUGAUAUGUACUGCCAUGAUGCUGGCUUAUGCUGCCAGCUCCCUGUCACUGUCUAUAGGAGCUGGGAAGAAUGCAGAGGCAGUGCCGACACAGCUUGUGACUAUUUACUUUGUGUUCAUGCUGUUUUUUUCAGGUCUGUCACUAUAUUCUGGAAGCUUCCUGCCUACACUCUCAUGGAUUCAGUACUUUAACAUUCUUCAUUAUGGAUUUAAGGCUUUGAUGCACAAUGAAUUCCUGGGACAAAACUUCUGUCCAGAACACAACACAGAAGAAGUCAGUACAUGCCCUGAUUAUGUAAUAUGUACUGGUGAAGAAUUCUUGAUGACCCAGGGCAUUGACCUCUCAUCAUGGGGCUUCUGGGAGAAUUACCUGGCUUUAGUUUACAUAACAAUAAUACUCUUAACAAUUACCUAUGUGCGUCUAUACAGGUUAACAUAUUAG